UGCAAAUCAUAUUUCGCUUAUCGUUAAGUGUAAGAAAUUUUAGGCUAUCAACAGAGAAAGGCUGUCGAUUAACAUUUUCUGCAAUGCGACUUGCGAUGUCCUCCGUCUCCGAUUGGAGUAGACACACAGGGAAGUGACGUCACGUUCGCGCCAAAUCAUUCCUCGCGCCGAUCGGAUUCCGCUCGAUACGAACGACGUCGAUCGUCGCUUGUUCCACACGCGCGACCAUGCGUUCAGACGCCAUCUGUUUACCGCUGUGUUCGUCUUUUUUUCUAUAACACCAAACGUAACCCGCAAUCCGAGUGUGUAGUCGGACAGAAUACAUAAUUUGGAUCAGCAGGGACACUACCAGAGGAGUACUAGUAAUCUGGAGAAAUUCGAAUCAAAGAUGGCCUCUUGGAAGAACAUUCAGGACCCUAAGAAAAGGGAAAUGAUGGUCAAGGUAAUGAGAUUCGUUGCUUUCAGCCAUAAGAAGAUAUUGUUACACUACUUUCCUAUCCCGGAUUACAUGGAUAUAAGCGUAGGAGAUCAGGUGCACGAUAUCCUUUUUACUAGCUACACCUUGUUAAGAUUACACAACGAUCUACCUGGGGCAACAUCGGCAGCCAGAGUUUCAGAUAGAGACUUCAAAAUAAUAGUGGGAGGCGAUGAACACACACGCCAGAAACACGAAGUGCUUAAUAUUGUAAACGAAGAGGCUGUCGCUGCAGGAAUACCUUUUGCAAAAUAUGACCAAAGAGAACCUUCCAACUGGUAUGGCAUUGCAAAUACUCUCCUCAGUUUCUUAGGUGGACACGCCCUUAGAAGGGAAGAACUAAGACUUGGACACUCGUACAUGCCUGUCAAAAUGAAGGGCAACCGAAAAGGAUACAUCACCCUGUCUAGAUACGGCAUCUGUGACAUUCACCACACGUUGUGCGAAGGAGUUUCUUACCCCCCAGAGAAGAGAGCUCCGAUGUCAAAGUUGAUGGGUCCUUUGGCCGUUUUAUUGUGUUAUAUGAGGGCAAAUAGAAUAUCCUCCCCAAAAUGGACUAAUGUUGUGAAGAGAACUUUCGUUGAUUACCCCCAUUUAGACGAUGUUAUGCAGAUUAUCAAAGGUGACAAGCUAUCAGAGAAAAGAGAGAUAUUCAAAUUGAUAGCUAAUGUUGCAUUGAUGGUUGGCACAAAUAGCUCCUGUGGGAUGUUUCCUCCACCUGCUGCUUUUAGUUAUAUAUUCACAAACCGAAGCCAUAAAGUGGGAACAAGUACGUACGAUACAGAAGAUUUGUUGAAAACCUUUGACUUCACAUAUCACGGUGCUUUUGCAUUCUACAAAAUAUUCAUGUCGAAAAGAUGGAAAAUCCGACUAAAUGGGGCUACGGACACCAUUGCUAAGCAGGUCUGCUACCAUAGUAUGUUUGGAACGUAUAAAGAAGAUUUAGGUAUAUUGUCGCAAAUAACCAAUCUUGCCGAUUGGUGCACUAGACAAGAAAUGAAAGGUGUGCUUAGGAAAGUCAAUACCGAAGGGGAUCUAAUAGAAUUUGAACCGGUGAAAGUGGUAUUUUAUUCUGAAUUGGCUCAAGAGUACCAAACUAAUCUGCUGAGAUCAAUUUCUAGUAGUGUAUCGGAGAGGAUAAUUAACGACAUUUUCUUUAAUCAACUUACGAGUAACCAAAAUAGAGUACUGAGCAGUUACAGAGACUUGGUAGACAGACUCAAGACGCGUAUAAUGUUGAACAAUAAAUGUCUCGAAAUGGGCACUUCAAAGUGGAGAAGAAUGGAAGACAUCACGCCUACGUCAGAGGGAGAGGAAGUUAGUGACAUGGAAGUAGAAGGUACUGGCAAGUACUUUCUAUCGAUUGAACAGCCACUUGAUUCAUUCGAUACUUUGUUUCCGCUAGAAUAGACUUCCUAUAUAUGAAAAAAAAAAAGAAAAACUCUUGUGUUUACUUUGUAUCUUUUCGUCACAAUCUGUAUUUGAAAUUUCAUCAUUUAUCGACGACGCAAGUGCAUCGCCAUUGGCUGUCGACAACCGGCGAGCAAACGGCCGAUUGCGUGCUUAGAAAGUUUAGCGAGUACGUGCACGAUCGACGAUCCGCGGCCACUGCCAAUCGGCCGCGAUAACGGAAACAAUGCGUCGGUCGCAUCGACGUGACCGCUUUCAGUGCACAUGUCAACGUGUGAGUUGCUUUCUGCUUAUCUCCCGCGCGACGUUGAUCCUUCUUCGAACGCCGUCGAAUUGUUCAGGAUCGAAACUGAAAAUCUGUAUCCGGUACAAUAGCUCGAUAGACCAGUCACACACACACAUAUUUCCACAUCGUAAAUAAAACUAUUGUAUUCCAAUGGUAGCCGAAAUAUGCCAUAAAGCGACUGAAGCAACACGGAAGAAGGUGAAUUUAUAAACAAAAUAAUCCAUUCGGUUUUUGUCGAUUCAACGCAGCAGCGCGCAGUGCCUUAGUGUAUAUAUAUA